AAGUUCUCUCCCAUGGCUUCUACAACCAGCUCUUCUCUCCACAUACAUUUUCUAUGUCAUAUGUAUGCCAAUUAGUACAGUUGACAUAAGCAUUACAUAUAUGAUAUAUAUUCACAUGCACAAAAUAUACAAGAUAUAUAUAUGUCAUACACACAACAUAUAAUAAUAACUUGUAUGUUGUUGUAUGUCGUGUGUAUCACUCUGUGUACAGUGAUGCAUAUAAUUACUUAAAAGUAUCUAUAAAAGUGAUAUUGGGAGCCCCUUUUCUUAUGAGGGUGUAAAAUUCUCUUCUUCAUUUUUUUUUUUCUAAAAAAAAAAGAAGACAGAGAGAUGGAAGUGCAUACCAUCUAAACCAACAAACUUGAACCAUUGACUCCAAAAAGUCCUCUUCAAAAAGUCGUCCUCAUUUGUCAUAUAGUCAGUCGACCAAUUUUCGUGUUAGCCUCGAACUACAGUUUGGUAGGAACAAAAAUUAUUAACGUGCUCUCAACUACUAGCCAUAUAUAUUAUAUAGUUUCUCCACACCUGCAUUUCUUGCUCUUAUGACUAGUUGUUCUUUAAAUUUAUACAUUAAAAUUGUUCUCCCAAAAAUACACUCAAACCCCAAAAAUUCAACCUUACAACAAUUAUCAUCAAUGGAGAAAAAUCGCAGUCGAACAAUUCCUCGAUCACCUGCCAAUUCUCCUCGAUUACUAAGAAGCAAAAGUGGAAUGUCACUCCCUGAAAUUCACACAGUUGAUCCUGUUCCACCAAAACUUGUCAAUCGGUCAAAAUCAACCACGAAAUUGCGAUCAUAUAGUAGAGGAGAAGAAAAUAUUAGCCCAUUGAUGAUCAAGAAUAACAAAAAGUUUCAAGAAAAUGGAGAUCAUAAUCGUAGUUUUGCUAAAUUCUUGCAACGCGAUAAUGGAUCAUCAAGAUCAACAACAACAACAACAACAACGUGUGUUAGUACUAAUAAUUCUCGUUCUGCAUGGGCAAUGUCACCAGGACGUCCAUUGCCUAAUUCGACUGUGCCUAUAGUCCCUAAGUCUCCUAGCUCGAGAAAGUUAAAAAUGGACACAUCUAAGGACAAUGGUGGUGGUGGUCGUGGUGGUACUGUUGCUAGUGUUUUGAAGUAUUUUAAGCAGAAAAAAGUUUCACCGGUGUUAGAAGAAGAUUUUCAUCAAUAUCGUCUCAUGAAUAAUAGGUUAGUACAAUGGAGAUUUGUCAAUGCUCGUGCUGAGGCUACUAUGGCUGCAAUCAAGAGGGUUGCACAGAAGAAGCUGUUCAAUGUAUGGUUAAGAAUCUCAAUUAUGAGAAACUUCACUGCUGAGAAGAAAAUUCAAGUCCAAAAAUUGAAGCAUGAUAUUAAAAUUAGCAGGAUAAUGAACUCUCAAGGUAAUUUGCUUAGAGAGUGGCAAAGAUUAGAGGUAAAAAAUUCUGAAGCUGUUGGAAGGGUAGCCAGGAAAUUAUCAGCAGUUUCUCUUUGUCUACCACUAGUUGAUGGAGCUGAGGCAAAAGUUACGGCGGUUUAUGAUGCCAUCAUCACAGCUGAGGAAAUCAUGGACGGUAUCCAGGAAUUUAUUAUGAAUAUGCAAUGGCAGGUUGAGCAGUCAUGUUAUUUGCUCACACAACUUAUAGUCAUUUUAAAGCAGGAGGAAGAAUUCUUGGAGGAGCUAGAAACUCAUAUAAAAACAAUUGAUUCCUUUAUUGUAGAAGAGGAAACCUUGAGAGUACAUUGUAUCCAAUUGGCUAAGGAGAGGACAAUAAGAUGGGAAGGAGCUUGAUCCUCGAUGAUUUUUGUUUCUUAACACAAUUUUGAGAUCUACUUAAUAUCAUUAUAUUUUGCUCCA